UGGAGCGCCCACCGCCGUCAGCCCUGUCUCUACGAGUCGGCCGGGCAAGAUUGAGAGACCCGGCGCGCCGCUGCCCUCCCCGCCGCGCCCGUUCCGGCCCUCGGCGAUGUGAGCUCGAGGAGGCUGCGGUGCCCCCCCGGCCUGGGGUUGAGACGGGCGGCAGGUGCCUGUGAGGCGGGCGGGUGCUGGGGGCCUGCAGGAUGGAGGAAAGCAUGGAAGAGGAGGAGGGGGGCAGCUACGAGGCGAUGAUGGAUGAUCAGAACCACAACAACUGGGAGGCCGCCGUGGACGGCUUCCGGCAGCCCCCCCCACCCCCUCCGCCCCCCUCUUCGAUCCCAGCCCCUGCCCGAGAGCCUCCGGGGGGUCAGCUGCUGGCGAUGCCUGCGGUCUCCGUGGACAGGAAAGGCCCCAAGGAGGGGCUCCCGAUGGGACCACCGCCGGAGCCGAAUGGGGUGAUCAUGAUGUUGAAGAGCUGCGACGCGGCUGCCGCCGUGGCCAAGGCGGCCCCCGCCGCCACCCCCACCUCCAGCAUCAACAUCAACACGUCCACCUCCAAGUUCUUAAUGAAUGUUAUAACUGUUGAAGAUUAUAAGAGCACAUACUGGCCAAAAUUGGAUGGUGCCAUAGAUCAGCUUUUAACUCAGAGUCCUGGUGACUAUAUCCCCAUAUCCUAUGAACAGAUAUACAGUUGUGUGUAUAAAUGUGUAUGCCAGCAGCACUCGGAACAGAUGUAUAGUGAUCUGAUUAAAAAGAUAACUAAUCACUUAGAAAGAGUCUCAAAGGAGCUGCAGGCCAGCCCUCCAGAUCUCUAUAUUGAAAGAUUUAAUAUAGCUCUUGGACAGUAUAUGGGAGCAUUGCAGAGCAUUGUGCCUCUUUUCAUAUAUAUGAAUAAGUUUUACAUCGAAACCAAGCUUAACAGAGACUUAAAAGAUGACCUUAUAAAGCUGUUUACGGAACAUGUUGCAGAAAAGCACAUUUACAGCCUAAUGCCUUUACUUUUAGAAGCCCAGUCAACACCAUUUCAGGUCACACCUUCAACUAUGGCAAAUAUUGUGAAAGGCCUGUACACUCUCAGACCAGAGUGGGUUCAGAUGGCUCCGACUCUAUUUUCUAAAUUUAUUCCAAACAUUCUCCCUCGUGCAGUGGAGUCUGAACUUUCUGAAUAUGCUGCUCAAGAUCAGAAACUUCAAAGAGAACUUAUACAGAAUGGUUUUACAAGAGGUGACCAGUCCCGGAAGAGAGCUGGGGAUGAGUUGGCUUAUAACAGCUCAUCAGCAUGUGCAAGUUCCAGAGGGUACAGAUAGUGAAUGUAUUGAAUGUACUUUCCUUCCUGAAAAGAGGACACACUGGAGCUGCAGAGACUGUAUUCAGAGCGCAGCGGGGUCCUGCAGACACUCAGGAGCUCUGUCACCAAGCUGUUCUUGGAAAAGGAUGUUGGAGUUCUUACUUUGAUUCCGUGAGGAACAAGCGUCAUGAAGAGUGACCAUUGCUAAGUGAGAUCCAGCAGCCAAAGUCAGCAGCUUCCUCCAAAAAUAUAAGAGCAGAAGAAUCUUUUUUAUUUUUUUUUUUAAAGCACUUGUUUUGUUCAUUUGCGGACUUGGCACUUUGGCAUAUUGGUUUCAUACAGAAAGAUAUCUUUUGCUUUAAAAUCAAGCAGAUCAUUACAAUACAGUAUUUUUCACCCCUAACCAAAACAAACCCCUUUAAAAGAGUUGGUCUUUGUUUAGCAUUAGAAAGUCUUCUUACAGGAAGAUGCUAACUCUGCUUCCAAUAUAACUUCUCCCCCCCACCCCCGCCCGCACCAUCAGUUCACAACUUUUCUACUCUGUGCCUUCAGCUUUGUGCACUUUGCAGCUCUGUGACCAUGUUGUCAAACUCACAAAUGCUUCCUGAAAAAGUUGAUGGUAUCACAGACUAACUUGCCAAGAUGUCAGGUGUGACUUCAUAGCAGGAUGCUAAAUAAGUGGGAAAAUAGAAACAUGUUGCACGUUGGUCAGAUUUCCUCCUGCCUCACCGUGGCUUGUUCAUGUUAAUGUUGGGGACCAACUCUCGUAGACCAUUUCCAUUCCCUCCGUCACUUAACAUGCUCUCACCGACUGCUGGAGUGUUGGCAUUACGCUAGUUUAGGGCUGGCCGGUACUUUAGCACUAAAGCUCCCUUUUUAAUAUUGUUGAGAAUUACCCAGUGGUAAAAGCUGAUUCCUGUGAUGCUCUACGAAGCAGAUACGGUAAUUAAAUUCACACAGUCAGUGGUGUGGGAUUCCUGAUCGAUUUCAUUUUUAUGGGUGAGAUAAGUACUUAAAAAAAGUUUGCAGGGGCUUCCCUGGUGGCACAGUGGUUGAGAGUCCGCCUGCCGAUGCAGGGGACACGGGUUCAGGCCCCGGUCUGGGAGGAUCCCACAUGCUGCAGAGCGGCUGGGCCCGUGAGCCAUGGCCGCUGAGCCUGCGCGUCCAGAGCGUGUGCUCCGCAACGGGAGAGGCCACAACAGUGAGAGGCCCGCGUACCGCAAAAAAAAAAAAAAAAAAAAAAAAAGCAUUAAAAAGUUUGCAGUCUGCAUCUUUUAAAACAUCAUAUUCGAGUAUAAUAGAGAAAAAGUAGCACUGCUGUUUCAAGGCCCCCAUCCGGCUGUGGCCAAGCUAUAUUUUCUGUUUCCAUACACCCACAGUGCUACUUAGUUCCUUGUAAAAGACUCUGAAGCUUAUUCCAAGUUGUUUUUGAAAGGCAAAGUAAAAUAGAAAGAUGCGGCAAGGGAAAAACAGUUUUGCUUAAAUCUAAAUUGAACAUGUGCUUGACUCUCUUUGGCUGUGUCAGCUAUGUUAGACUAAUAUUUACGUCUUCAGAGGACUAGGGGCAAAAAAAGGCACAUCAGGGGUACCGACCAUCACGCUUCUGAUUUUCGGGUUGUUCAUAGAGUUGUCUCUGCCAAUUCACUUGGUCCUUUUUUGGGGGAGCAGGCUGGGGGGCGAGUUUGAAGUGUUAGGAGCAAUUCAGUCAUCUAAUAGAAGAAGUCCUCUGUUUGUAACAUGAGUAUUCAGAGAAGUAAAAGUAAGGUCAUCAGAUUUAUUUUUUUAAGUACUUAUCAACCAGGGUUGGUGGAUUUUGAGGAGGGCUUUGAAUUGGGCUCAUUUCACUCUGUGAGCAUCUUGGGUUAUAUUGAGAAACACUGAAUUACUGUAAGAAUAUAUACAGGCUCUCACUGUGCCCUGUACAGUUUGACUUGCUACACCAGUAACAUUCUGAUAUCAAGGAAGAAUUCAGUUUUAUCAAGAAGUUCAAAUUUUACUUUACUCAAUGGAAUGCUUGCUGCAGGCUUAUAAAUAACACCUGCAACUGAACUCUUGAGCAGUUUUAAUAAUAUUUUUGAAAGGAGUGAAAUUGGAAUGUUUCUUUAAAUGUGGAUGAAUUUUUCAGUAUCCUAGUAAUAUACCCAAAUGCUUUUUCCGGGAAGGGAGUAUUCUUUGGCCAACAACGGAACUUUCCCUCUAAAAGCAUUGUAUUAGGAUGUGGAUAGGCAUUAAAAUCUUUGGAUGCUUUUUGCAUUAUUAAGUUAAUGGAGAAAUAUUUUAUAUUGUCUUUUUAUUAUUACGUAUGUGUUAACAAAGUGGGCAGAGUAAAGUUUGCAGAAGUUAGUUUCUCUGUACAUUUUUGCACAGUGGCUGCAGCUUGCUGUGGGUGAGGGCUUAGUGGCACAAAGCUGUGAUUGGAAGGCACUGUAGAAAGAAUAUACACAUUCUCCCAGUGCAUUCGACCUGCUUCUUACUCAUUUUGGCCCCUUGAGGUACAUUGCAGUAUGAAGAAACUAUUCCUUUAAGUCAUUGUUGACCUUGCUUAUGUAAUUGGGAUUCUUAACAAAAGUCUUAGUUUGCAACAUGAGGGGAAUGAGAUUUGCCUCCAUUUUGUAUUGACUAAGCACUGUUUGCCUAAAAGUAUUUUCUUCUUGUGUUUACUUGUAUUCUUCUUGCCAGUACAGUAUAUAGUUUCUGCACUCCAGUUAAACACUGGCUUUUUGUGGGGUCCAAAUCAUCGAAGGCAGAAAAUUGUAAAGCAGGUUGAUUGUCUCAUGAGUCAACACAUGCAGUUGGUUUGGCCAUACUGACUAGUGUGUGUGUGUGCAGCCUGAAACCAGACGCUCCAAAGAAAGCCAAUUCACUCACCUUGGAAUGAUGACACGUAACAUCAGUACGUGAUCAUCGUUUUGAGAGACGGUGCUUAUUUUAAAGGUUGGCGUUAAGCUUCAGUAACAGUGUCAUCUCAUAUCCUCUGUUGUCACAGCUGCACCCUAACCCAACUGCUUUGUUUUCUGUGGGGCAGAGAGUGAAACCUGGUGUUGUGAUUCUUAAUCUACUAGUUCUUAGGUAGAGUUAGUGAGAAGAAACAAAAACCUGGGUGCAUGAGUUGUGCAUUAUUAAAUUUUGUGGAAAAGUUACUUUUUUUUCCUGUCCCUUUUGCAAGUUUGAGGAGGUUCCCCUCCCUUUCUUUGGGGCAUGGGAUGAAAGCCAAUUUGUGAGUAAGUGAGAUUGCGGAAGACUGGAUGCCCCGUGGUGGUUAACACCGCACGUGCAUCUCCAGCACUACAGCCCCAUAAAGCUGUCACUCCCCGUGCUACAUGCCAUGCUUUCUGUCAGGCUGCAAAUUUGCACACAUAAAGAAUUCCUCAGGAAGAGUUUGCACAUGCAUCACCUCACAAUAUUCUGUACUGACCGAACAAGGGAUUUGAAAGUUUUUCAGCACAAAAGGAGAACUUCAGAGUGGUGGUCUGUGCACAUGUAACUAGCAAAGGUAAUGGUGAUCUGACAAACACGAUUGGUUUCUGGAGUGAACCAGAAGGUUGAACCAGAUUGGUUAGAAAGUGAACAGGAGCGCUUGUAUCAUAGUAUUUAAAUAAGCCUGUUUAAUCUCCCAGGGUAGCCCUUCCAGAUUUUGUCAUCUUCUCAUUGAGACUAGCUCUGUUUUCUUUUAUGUUUCUUCUGUUUUAUUGCAGUUUAUUAUUUCCAUGAUUAUUAUGCAAGAGGCAUUGCCCUUGAGCGAAAAUUCAAUUGUCUAAAUAAAGCAGCUAUUAUUAGAUAACAUUGUUUUAUGAAUAUACACUAAUCUGAGAUAUUAAAAAAAACUUUACAAUUAAAAAGCAAAACAGAACCUCUACAUGAGCUAUCCAGUCAUUGUUUCGAUGUUUUGGGUUUCUUUCUUUCUUUUUUUUUUUUUUUUUAAUGGUGUCUCUUUGAGCUUCAGAGUAUUAUGUUUACUUUAACCCAGGUUUAGGCCUCUUAAGGAGACUUGAAAAUUUAAGAUCGGAGUAUGAAUCCCUUGACUGACACCUAGAAGAGGUUUAUAAGGACCUUUUUGGUUGUGAUUGCUGUUUUCAAUAAGAUUGCAUAAGUUGAAGUUCAUGUUUAUCAGAAGUUAAAAUAGAGGUCAUAGGAGUUUGUGGAGAAAUGGCUUUCCUGUUAUUUUCAUUACCUUGUUGAAAUUUGCCCGUUUCUGGCCACCAGGAUAUAUGAAAGGACCCUUGUUCUUUCCAAAGGAAAGGAUUGCUCUUCUGUCCCCACUGUUUAUUAACCAAGUCAUUGACACUUUGCCACCUCCACUGGCCAAGACCCUAUUUUGAACCUCUUUCCAGAGCUAAGUGGCACAAGUACAUAUACUGUUUCUACUUAUGUUGGUGGAGUGGCUGUGGGAGAAUUAAAGAAAAUGCUAGUCAGAGGUACAUUCUUCUAGGACCCUAGUAUAUAUUGUACCCCUGCUGAUUGGAAAUUAUCUUCAUUUCUGGUUGGAUUGAAUUGUUUAGAAAUGCAAUGUUAAUGGCUUACAAUUCUGGAAAAUUUAUGGUGUGGCUCUGGGGUGAAUUCUGUGGUUUGAAAAAAAUAUAUAUUUUGUAUUGAUUCUCACAUGUCAUUUCAAUGUUAUGACCAUGUACUAAAUGCAGUAAGACUGGAUAUUUUCUUAGAAGCGUAUGUUUUGUUAAACAGAUGGCAAUUGAAUUGCUCUCAUUAGUCCUGUUUGUCAAUAUUACAGCUGUGCAAUUCAGACGUGAUGUGGGGAGCUGUGGCUGGAGACAGGAAUGCUUAAGAAUAAACGGGAGGCCAAAUGCAGACAAGAGGCUUUUGCCACCCACCAGCAUAGCCAGGGCAAGGAUGAAGCAAUGAAGUCUAGUCUCUGGUGGUCCUUGUUUGUCGGAAAGCAUAGUGGAGCUUAGAACAGGGUGUUCUGAACGUCAACUCUAUUAUUAAUCCAAGAAAAACAAAGUGGUGGAUGAAACUCCUACUGACCGGGGAUUCAAAGCCACUGACUUUGGCUCUGACCUUUAACUCUUGAUGGAUUUUGGAUCACUCCUUCUGUAUUAGGGUGCAUACCAUCACUCUAAAACAUUGUGGUUAAUGAAAUAAAUCUUGUACAGAUGUCCUUGGCCUUGUUAUGUUGCUACCUGGUUUAUUAGAACUUUGUUUUAAUAUAGAAUAUAUGGUUUUGCUUACAGUACAUUCAUGAUGCCUCAUAAACGAUAAUGACACUCAGUAUUCUACCACGGUCAAUUAGCCCUCAGGAUGAGUGUCCAUCUUCACCUCUGUACCAGUGAUAAAAAAAAACUGUGUGUGUGUGUGUGUGUGUGUGUGUGUGUGUGAUGAUGAUAAUCAAUGAUGACCAAAUUGGAUUUAUCUCAGGAAUGCAGAUUUGUUAAUGUUAGGAAAUCAAUUAAUAUGACUCAUCUAUUAACAGAUUAAUGUUGUAUGAUCAGAUUAUCUAUGAAAAUCCAAAAUAUCUACAAGGCAAAUUAGAAGACUUAUGAGUUUAUCAAGGUUGCUGGAACAAAAUCAAUAUCCAAAUGUUAAUUACAUUUUCAUGUAGCAGCCACAAGUAGUAAUGGCUUUACAUAUUUUAAAUGUUAUUAAAUAGAAUUUACAGUAGGAACGAAAAAGUCAUAAAGUACCUAAAAAUCUUAAUAAAAUGUAUAUAAGCCUUUUAAUGAGAAAAUGAUAAUUUUUAAAAAGCACCUUUGUUGACCUAAAUAAAUGGGGAGACUGUGAUGGGUAAGAAGAUCAUCUAGGUCUCAACUCUUUCUGCAAAUUUUUUAAUAGAUUAAAGUAAUUCCAGCAAAAAGUCCCAAUGGUACUUGACAAACUGAUCCUAACAUAUAAAUGGAAGAGUAAAGGACCAAGGAUAUCCAAGAUAUUCCUAAAAAAGGUGAAGUGUGAGGGGAGCUAGCACUACCAGAGUAUAAAACUUACUGUAAAAUACUGUGAGUGAUUAAAACACUGUGGAGUUGGCACAGAGGUUAUAAGUAGAUGAAUGGACAGGAAUAAAGAGCUCGGGAACUGACCCACUCACGUGCAAGAACCUAAUUUUUUUAAAGGUAGUCAUUGCAGAGCAGUGGGGAGGAGGAUGGAUUAUUUAAUAAAUGGGGCUUCAGUAAUUCUUCACAAAGGAAAAAAAUGAAUUGGACUUCAGCCUUGCACCAGGCACAAAAGUCAGUCCCCAAGUGGAUUAAAGAUUUACUGGAUUAAAGUUAAAACUAUAAAACUUAGAAGAUGAUACAGAAGAAUAUUUUUAUGACUUUGGGGAAGGGAGGAUAGAAAGUGCAAACCAUGAGUUAAAAGAUAAAUAAUUUAGCUGCAUUGAUAGUAAGUACUUUUGUUUACCAAACAUGCCACAUAGUGAAAAAAUAAGCCCAAACUGGAAUAAGAUACAGAUAAUCACGAUGUACACAUAACUAUUAAAAAGCACCAGCGUGCAAAUCAGUAACAGAGCAAGAACUCAGGAGAGAAACAGGCAGAAAAAACACAAGUAGGCACAUCACAGAAGAAGAAACAGAAAUGGCCCAUAAACAUGAAAAGAUGUCCAACCUUAUUAGUAAACAGGAAACGCACAUUGAAACCAUAAAUAUAAUACCAUUUCCUAGUCACCAAAUUGGCAACAGUUAAGUCAGAAAAGUGGGGAGGGAUAAACUAGGAGUUUGGGAUUAGCAGAUACAAACUACUAUAUAUAAAAUAGAUAAACAACAAGGUCCUACUGUGUGGCACAGGGAACUAUAUUCAUUAUCCUAUAAUAAACCAUAAUGGAAAAGAACAUGAACAAGUAUAUACAUAUAUAUAUAUAUAUAUCUGAAUCACUUUGCUGUACAUCAGAAGUAAUGCAACACUGAGAAUCAAGUACAAUAAAAAAAUAAACGGGGGGAAAAUCAGAAAAUACCAAAAAAUGGAGAGAUUAUGACAAUAGGAACUUUCAUCUGCUACUCUUGGUGUAAGUCAGUACUACCACUUUGGAAAACAGCAUUAGCUAGUGAAGUUGAACAGGUGUAUCUUAUAGCUCAGGAUUUCUGCUCUUAGAGAAACUCAUGUCAGGUGUAUAUACCCAGGAAACAUGCCCAGGAAUGGUCACAACAGCAUUAUUUGCAAUAACCAAAAAGGAGGGAAAGAGCCAGCUGUCCCUCUACCGUGAAAUGAAUAGAUGAAGCAUAUGUGUGCAGUGGGAUUCUGUGGAACCCUAAGUGCAGCGCAGAGCUUUGUGCAUCAACAGUGGGUGAGUCUCAGAAAUCAUGUUGAGUUAAAAAGAAGCAAGUCGGAAGAGUCCAGUCAGCCUGUAUUGUUUAAGGAUUCGUAAGUAGUAAAACUGUAGAGAAAAGAAAGAAUUAUUAACAUUCAAGAUCAUGGUUUCCUUGGGGGUGGGGUAGAGGGGAGUGAGAAUGGAGAGGAACAUGGGCUUAUAAGCAUUUGAGAAUAGGGACAUUUUGACCAUUGUAAACAUGUCAGUUUUUGAGUUAAUAUCUAAAUUCAGCACAAAGCCAAUCCAAAUGCCAAAAGUAUUUUAAAUAUAAAUUAAAAAUUCAUUUGGAAGUAUAUAAGCUGAUGAGAAAAUAAAGUCUUCAUUGAAAGGGGGGGAAAGAAGAGGAACUUGCUGUACCAAGAAAACAUUUUUUAAAUUACAAUUUUUACACUGGUAUAAAAAUAGACAAAUUAAUAGAAGAUGGUUUAAAAUAGAAAGACUCAGAUGCUUUUAAGAAUUUUUAGUACGUUAACGGUGGCUUUUUGAAAUGAUUCUGAUCAUGAUGGAUUAUUCCGUAAAAGGUGCUGAUAUAACUGGAGAAAAUUCACACCAUUUGCCAAAAAGAAAUUCCAGGUGGACUAAAAAUGGAAAAAUAAGUUAUAAAAACUAGACGAUGAUGCAGUUUAUAUUUUCUUGAGGUGGGAGAAGUUUGUUCUAAGAAUGUAAGCAAUGGUCUGAAAACAGAACCCUGUGUAGACCACUCACCUGACUGUACUCUGUAGAGCACCACCCCCGUAUUUGUAUAUACAUAUAUAUUUUUAAAUUAAUGUCUGUGCACUAUACUAAUACAUGUAAGACAAAAAAUAGAAAAGAAAAAAGAUGAGGUGAAAAUGUUUUAAAAUAUUUUUUUGUGUGUAUUGUGGUAAUAAAAAACAACCUUUUACUUUUUCUGAAAAGUUUAGUGAGAGCCGUAUGAUUAAAAAUGCUUCAUUAUUUUUGAAACUCCUAGUUUUAACCCUUAAUGAUAAAAACCACUUAAUGUCUGAUUCUAAGGUAAGUUUAUUUUAAUGCUAGUUUUUAAUGGCUAUUGUAGCUGAAAAAGCCACCUCAUUGAGAUCUGUGGGUCCAGAUGCCUCUGCUUUCUGAAAAGCAGUACUCCGUUUUCAGUUCCAUCUACUAGUCUUAAAAAAAGUGUUUGUUGAAAUCUUUAUAAUAAAUUUCCAUCUUUCUCACUGUCA